GGGCUGGCUUAGGCGAACUGCUUGCAAUGUCAUCUGCACAUCCAGCACAGCUCAAGCUGGGUAUGGGGCACGGAUAGCUGCCAGCCAGAGCCGGCUCUUCACAGUAGAUCUGCAAGCCUCACCAUGCUUCAGGGCGCUCUAGAGGUUGGUGGUCCCCUCUGGGGCUGGGACGGUGAUGGAGAUGACGACUGGGAUGGAGCCAUACUCACCUUGCUGGCACUAGUAGUGGUAGCCACCAUAGCACUGGCUUUGCAAUGGUUUGGCUCCAGGCCGGACCAGGAGACACAAGGAUCAGCAUCUACAACUCCAGGCGUGCAACCUGCUCAGGUGGGAGGAGGCAGGCAGGCCCUACACCCAAAGUCCGAGGCCAGUGAUGCCAGUGAGGGGCACAGCAAAGGACAGAAGAAAUCAGAAGCUGCUGGAGGUGGCCAGAGGAGACCUGCUACAGCUAGUGGCCAGGACCUAGAGCUAUCAAUAGGCGGAAGUAAGACCUCAGGGACCCGGCUUCCACUCAAGACACCCGAAGAGGUGGCCAACAGAGGGACCACCCCAGCAUCCCUGGGAAAGAAGAGAAAGGAGCCACCCAGGCCAGAAACGUCCUUCCUGCGCCACCACAAAGCAAGGGAUAUCCCUGUCCCCAUCACGAUCCACUUUACCCCUCGAAGCCCUGACAGCGAAACAGAGAUCCAGGCAGAGGUAACUGGCACGUGUGGUAAGGGGACAGAUCGACAGGGCCCCAUCCAUAUGGAGCAACAGGACACCAGGCCCUGGCACCUGGCUGUGGGGCCUUCUGGCCCCCUGGGGAGAGGCCUAGGCAGCUUGCGUCGGCGACGGAGGCCUGGUGCCAGCUCAGGAGACAGACCCUACCGACCUCUAAAGCCGGACCCCCUCCGCCUGGGCACUGUGGUGAGUGUAUGGGACGCUGUGGAUAUGGCAGCCGCAGCCACCCAGGACAUCCUCACCGGCAGUUCCCUUACAGGUCCCUCAUCGCUCCACUCAGACAGGGGGAGCGAGAUUCCUCAGGAGAUGGGCCUAGCUGAUGCUGUAGUCAGUAGGCCUCAGGCAGACCCCUUCGAGGAUGUGCGUGGGAGGAGCAGCCUUCGGCUCACUCCCACCAGCACUGCACGCUCAGAGGCUAAGGGCAGUGACAGCACAGAGACUGGAUGCCCUGCCCCUGGGGAGACUCAGAAGAUCCUGGCUAGUGAGGUAACCUGGGCCAGAGAGAGUGGGGCAGCUGUUGUCGCCAGCAACUUCAGUCCGUCACAAGGUGCCCUGCCAGAAGAGCUGCGCCCUGAGGCUUGUGAAGUGGACCAAGCUGCUGGCCAGAGCAAGACGGAGAAACUAGGAGCUGGCUACCUCACUGGCAAGGGGAGAGGGUCAUGCCAAGACAAGGCAAGUGAGCCCAUUGCUGGCAGUCAAGCUGCAGACCAGAGCUGCACUCCCUCCCACAGUUUUCCAGCCUCCCCUCUGACCCGGGACACUGAGCUGGCUCCAUCCUCUGCUAUGGCAGUGCAUCCUGUCCCUGGGCUCCUACACGCAGUCUCUACCUCUGCUCCUUUAAACAGUUUGCCCCUGGAAGUUAGCCAGGGUCCUUCUGGUGGUGACAGUCUCAGAGCAGGGCCAGGCCCCUUUCCAACCCCAACUUUAGCCUCAGUGGAAGCCUCAACCUCAGGGCCAGCAGCAAUUCUAGAACUACCUUCAAUAUCACCCCCAACCUCAACCUCAUCCUUAACCCCAGCCCCUGUUACAGCCCUAACCCCAAUUUUGACAGCAACCCCACCUCUCACACCACCCCCCUGCCCAGCCCCAGAUACAGCCAUAACCCUAAUAACACCAACACCAACAUCAACCCCAACCCCAACCCCAGUUACAACCUUAACCCUAAUCUCAACAGCCACUCCACCAACCCCAACAUCACCCCCAAGUCCGGCCUCUGCCCUCGUUGCAGCCCAAGAGCCUGCAGUAGGCAGUGAGCCAAAGCCUGUGUCUAGGGAGUCCAGUGCAGGCCUGUCCAAGAGCUCCCAGGAAGGACGAAUCUCAAAUAGCUGGGGCAAUCUCAUCACCAUGGUUCUUAGGAACCACCCGUUCCCUAGGCAAGAAAAGGCCCAAGACAGUACCCCAAGGGCAGAUCCCCAGAGUCCUGCAGGGCCUAGCACAUUCACAUACUCUGAAGAUAGACAGCCAAGGCCCGCCUCUGAAGGGGCCAUCUUCAGCCUCCAGGACAAACCCAGACCAUCAUCAGGGUUAGUCAAACCAGCAGGUUCAGGGAGCUUAGGGGAGGCUAGAUUUGAAACAGAGGCAGUGAGCUUGGAGACUAGUGAGCCUUUGACCCUAGACCCUAGAGGAGAUGGAACCAUGCAGAAAAGUCUAGGCUUGCUGCCCCCAGUUGCAGAGCCUGCAGCUGCCUCACAGUUGCCCGCGCAGGCACAGCCUGCUCCUGUACCAACUACUACGAGACAGGAUGCUCAGCCCAUCCCCCAGCCUCGGCCUCGAAGGAAACGUAGCAUAGCUCAGAGCUCUGAACAGAUGCUUACCCAGGAAGUACCCCAGCAGCCCCAGGCGCAGGUGCUGAAGGAGGGAGCCAGACCGGCAGGCGGCAGGGAAAUCCUCACAGAGAGGCAGAAAGAGACCCAAAAGCUUAUGGUUUUUCUGCAGAAGCCCGGGAGUUGGGGAGUGGUGGAGGGGCCCCAGAAGUACUGCUCGCAGGCGGCACAGCCUACCACAACAGUGGUACCCUGGCCUCCAAAGCUAGACCUAAGCAGCUGCUUGGAGGUUUUGGCUUUUGCCCAGAAGCAUGGCGAGCUGGCCUUAGCCCAGGAGACCUAUGUCUUGAUGAGCAACAAUUUGCUUCAUGUCCUGGGAGACCCACACCUCUACCGCCAGCUGAGUGGAGCUGACAGGGAGCGCAUCCUGAACCUGCGGACCUGCCAGGGCCAGACAGUGCUGGGAGUCCUUGUGCUGCCCAGCCUCUAUCAGGUGAGCCACUCAGGGCUCACGAGGGGCCCUCCUGGUGAGGAAGCUCCUGCAAUCAGGUCUGAACAUUCUCAUCUUCACACAUACCUCCACGUGUUCAACCCACAAGAGAAUGUGUGGCGGCCCCUGACUCAGGUACCAGAAGAGGUCCCACUCCGGGGCUGUGGGCUCUGCACUAUGCAUAACUAUCUGUUUCUGGCAGGUGGCAUCAGGGGUUCUGGUGCCAAGGCUGUCUGCUCCAACAAGGUAUUCUGCUACAACCCUCUGACCAACAUUUGGAGCCAGGUUCGGCCCAUGCAGCAAGCCCGGGCCCAGCUCAAGCUGGUGGCUCUGGACGGAAUGCUUUAUGCCAUUGGUGGUGAGUGCCUGUACAGCAUGGAGCGCUAUGACCCACGCACAGAUACCUGGACCUUGAGAGCAUCACUCCCUGAGGGCACCUUCCCAGUGGCCCAUGAGGCUGUGGUCUGCCGAGGAGAUAUCUACGUCACAGGGGGUCAUCUCUUUUACCGCCUGCUCAGAUACAGCCCUGUAAAGGACUCAUGGGAUGAGUGUCCCUAUAGUGCCAGCCACCGACGGUCCAGUGAUAUGGUGGCACUAGGGGGCUUUCUAUACCGCUUUGACUUGUUGCGGGGCGUAGGUGCUGCGGUGAUGCGCUACAACACAGUGACAGGCUCCUGGAGCCGGGCCGCCUCCCUGCCACUGCCUGCCCCUGCCCCACUGCACUGCACAGUGUUGGGCAGCACCAUUUACUGUCUCAGUCACGGGGUCACUGCUACCUUCACAGUUUCGGAGGGGACUGCUCUGUUUCAGGCCAAGGAGCUGCAACCCUUUCCCCUGGGAAGUAAGGGGGUCCUCUAUCCAUUCACUCUGACUCUGCCCCCCAAGACCUGGUUACAGACUACGCUCUGA